AUGAGAGCUGUUGUUCAACGUGUCGCAUCGGCUUCGGUAUCAGUCGACGGAAAUGUGAUUUCAAGCAUAUCCAAAGGACUGAUGGUCCUGGUUGGAAUCGGUACUGAUGACACGCUUGCGGAUGUCGAAACCUUGGCCAACAAAAUGCAAGGACGAACGCAUUCCUUGGUCCUUGUCCUCCGCACUGACCACUAUCACAGACUGAACAUCCGCAUCUUCGAUGCAAAUGGCUCGAUGUGGAAGUCGAGCGUUAAGGACAUCGCUGGCCAAGUUCUCUGCGUCUCCCAGUUCACGCUAAUGGCAAAUACUACAAAGGGCAACAAACCUGAUUUCCAUCGUGCGAUGUCCUCUAAUGCCUCCAGAGAAUUGUAUGCAACGUUUCUCGAGAAGAUGCGGCGUCUGUACGUGCCAGAUCGAAUACAAGACGGGCAAUUCGGUGCUAUGAUGGAUGUCUCGUUGACAAAUGAGGGACCUGUCACUCUGACGUUGGAUACUCGGAAGUUCGAGUAUGUUUCGGCUUCAGGAGGUACAGAGAAGAAAUCGAAUGGAAACGGCAACAAAGAGGCCAAGAACCAAAUGGCUGAUGCUGCUGACUCGAGAUCUGCUGCCAGUGUCAAUCCAAGCCCGUCUGACUCGGAGGUAGAUGUUUCGUAG